UUAAGAUACAACGUCCAAUUCAGGAAAUCGAUUUUUGAUGUGGAACCAAUUCAGGACGGCUGGAGCUUAAACCUUGUCUUCAACAUAGUUGUUUUCACCAGAAAAACGCAACAGUACUAUGGAAGCUAUUCCUCUUCUCAGAGCUCUCAAACCCUUCAAACUCACUGAAUCUAUUUGCGUUCGAUGCUAUUCUUAUUCCCCAGCUACCAACAUUCACACCGGAGGAAGAAAGAUGGUGAAGAGAGCAUAUGAUGGAGUGUUGUUGGAUGCUGCUGGUACACUCUUGCAGUUGGGGAAUCCAGUUGAAGAGACUUAUGCUGCUAUUGGCAAAAAAUAUGGUCUUACCACCACACCAGCUGAGAUAAAGCAAGGCUUCAAAAGAGCUUUUUCUGCCUCAUGGCCCGAGGACCUACGGUAUAAGGGAGAUGGAAGGCCGUUUUGGAAGCUCAUCGUUUCUGAAGCAACUGGUUGUGAUGAUGACAGUUACUUUGAAGAAGUUUAUCAGCACUAUGCGAAUGGUGAUGCUUGGCGUCUUCCAGCCGGAGCCUCUGAUACUUUAUCGAUUCUGAAAGACGCUGGAGUCAAGCUGGCAGUUGUGUCCAAUUUUGACACACGUUUGCGGAAACUAUUGAAAGAUCUCAAUGUGGUAGAUCUGUUUGAUGCUGUGAUAGUAUCUGCAGAGGUUGGAUACGAGAAACCAGACGUAAAGAUAUUUGGAGCGGCUUUAGAUCAGAUCUGUGUAGAGAAGGCGAAGGCAGUUCAUGUUGGCGACGAUCCGGAGGCUGAUAAAGAAGGCGCUAAUGCUGCUGGGAUAGACUGCUGGCUAUGGGGUACAGAUGUCAAGUCUUUUGCUGAUAUACAGAGCCGCGUUCUCAUCAAGCCAUAACUGCUAAACUCCUUGCCAUUCAACCUCAGCUGUUCAUCUCCUUCCUAUGUUAUUUCUGUUUUUAAGAUCCCGUUGUUGCUUGGAUAUCUGGCUUUGAUUCCAAUCUGUGUCGCAUGAAGUGUGGAAGCAUUUAUUCCAAUUUGCGCCACAGGAGCUCGUUUUCAACCAUAUAGUAUCAUAGUAUGAUGAUUGUGGGGGCUUCAGCUUAAACCUUUUGUCCUUGGAACACAAAUUUUGUUCAAGUGAACUACAUUCAAGACUAGAUAAAUAAAUGAUAACUCAAUCCAAGAGGUCGAGGUCUGCUAUAAAUUGCAUAUCUCCUUUGCCAAAA